CAGAAAGAACAGUCAAAAUGCAGGCAGGGCACAGGACAAAGCACUCGGGACAAAAUUGAAUUUAGUGAAUGUCACUUUUUCACAUUUUUACAUUUCCCGUCAGUUCCGUCCCCGUAUGUCCUGACAUCGUAGGGAACGGAACCCAGAAGACAUAUGCCGGAAUCGGCCGGAGGACAUUGCAGGGGACACUGCAGGAGGGACAUCCCAGGAGAACAGGACAAGGUAAGUGAAGAAGAGAUCCCGGAGCAACGCUGCAGUGUAUUCCCGAGUGUAGCUCAGGGUUACCACUUGUGG